UAGAGGCCCCCCUGGAAAAUUUACAAAAUUAUUUUGUAAGAUUUAUUGUUUUUGCUUGAAACAGUAUAUUAGUAUAUAUAUGCCUAUAACAUUUUUAAUACACUUUUUAUGUUUUAAAUUACUCUCAAAUUAUAAAAUGUUUUCAUGUAAAAUAACAACUGGUUUGUUUCAUGAUGAGUUUUUUUCUCCUUCCCAUAUGUUUUGAUAUUGUGGUAUUUUGUCUUUGAUCUCAGAUAAUUGUUGAUAUUUAUCUUGUAAUAUGUUAACCAUAUUCCUGUCUCAUUUUUUUCCCCCCCGAACCAAUCCGUAUCUGGAUUUCAUUCUUGGAAAACAAUGUCUUUUUUUCAUGUAAUAUUACAACUUUAGGAAUGCAAUUACUAUUUUGUUUUCAAUAAAUAUUUAGGCGUACUGCGUUCCCGUGUUUUAUUGUUGGUAAUUAUAGCUGUAAUUACAGAGCCAAGGAUUUUUGUGGGGUUGUUCUUUGUGCCAAAAGUUUGAGAACCACUGUCCUAAGUGUGAAAGUACUGUAUGUUUUCUGAAAUGCUUGGUAUAAUUUGUCUUUAGAGGCGGAGCCACAUGGCAUGUUUUGUCAGUCAAUCAGUGAGCUACCAAUGAGAAAACAUUCCAGCAUUGUUUUUUUUUUUUUGGUCUUCCAGAAUGCAGGUUCCCAUAGGCAACAGUGCAGCCCCCCGCAGAACAUCAUAUUUCAACUGCUGUGUUUCACUUGCUUUGAAUUUACGCUCCACUAUGGACCGCAGAAGGGAUGUGGGGCACAUCACAAACACGGACAGGAAUCCCCUUCCGCUCCAUGAUGACAGAUGACACAAGCACGAUGCUGUACAUCCUCGAAGAGCCUCAGAUGCGGCGAGAAGGCGAGAGGCUUCGAACAUUUCGCAGCUGGCCGCCAGAUGCUCCCGUUACCUGUGGGGACCUGGCCAAGGCGGGAUUCUUCUUUUUAGGACCAGGAGAUAAAGUCCAGUGUUUCUGCUGCGGCGGCAUCCUCAGAUGUUGGGUGCAAGGAGACCGCCCGGCCGCCGAACACAAGCGCCAUUUCCCCACUUGCAGCUUCAUUCUGGGCCGCGCCGUGGGAAACAUUCCGCUGUUGAACGGAUUGCCUGACUCUGUGGACGGCCAGCUGCUGAGCCAACUUCAAAGGAUGACGAUGGACGACCAGGGCGCGACGGGGCAAGCGGUCUACCCCGAGAUGGAGGCAGAGGAUUCCCGGCUCAUGACUUUCCACAACUGGCCCACGGAGGCCACAGUCCAGCCAGAUGUUCUAGCCAGAGCUGGAUUUUUCUAUACAGGUCAUGGCGACAACGUCAAGUGCUUCUACUGUGACGGGGGGCUAAGGAACUGGGAGCCAGGAGACGACCCCUGGCAGGAACACGCUAAGUGGUUUCCACGUUGUGAAUUUUUAAUCCAGUCAAGAGGACAGGAAUAUAUUAGCAACAUCCAGGAUGCUCAUUUCCACCUGGGCGACACUCUGGGUGGCUCACAGACAUCCACAGGCGGAGAAAUUGGCUCCAGAAAUGAUGUGGUCAGCGGUUUGGCCGCGUCGUCAAUCAUGCUCUCGCCAGUGGUGCAGACGGUGCUCCAGAUGGGCUUUGAAGCCAGCCUGGUGGAGAGUCUGGUCCAGACCAAGUACCUUUUGACAGGCCAACACUACUCACAUGUGUCGAGCCUAGUCAGUGAUGUUCUGCAAGCAGAGGAGGAGGACCGGCAGAGAAGGCCACACAGCACAGAGCCUGACAGAAGGCAAAGACCUGAUGCUGGGGACGUGAGGACGCUAUCACCACUGAGAGACAAAGUCUCUACAGGAAGGGAGCCCAGUCCCGAAGAGCUCCUGAGGCAGUUGCAGGAGGAGCGGACAUGCAAGGUGUGCAUGGACAAGCUAGUGUCCAUCGUGUUCAUCCCGUGCGGUCACCUGGUGGUGUGCGGUGACUGCGCGGCCAGUCUGCGGCACUGCCCCAUCUGCAGAGCCAUCAUCAGGGGCAGCGUCCGGACCUUUAUGUCCUGAGACGACGCUGUCCAAUUUUCCGCUCGUAGGUUGCCAUUAUUGUCAGCAGUUACUAAAUGAACUGAAAUCUACAAUAAACAUUUGAAGCUGCUUUGAAUUGCAGAUUGAUUUGAAGAUUGGCUUGACAGAUUUAUCACUUGCACUGUAACUCCAGACGGAUAAACAUUUGUGGUAAUACAGUUUAUUUUGCUUGGCCCAGCGAGUCUAUAAACAUGGUGUUCUGAUAAAUAUCAAUAUCCAUUUUAAGGGGCUGCGACUUGGUCCUAUACCGUCCCCUGCU